CUGUAAAUUGGAUUUCAAAUCUUUCUCCUUAGGUAGCAAGACUCAGCACAUCUGUGAUGCUGUCGACAGUGUCAUGUAUGAUGAAUAAUUUUACAUUAUGCGUGUAAACUGCAAGACACAAUGUUCAGGGGAGAUGAGGAGUCUGCCAUCUCCACCAGCCAAGGACUCUGUGUGUGGUGGGAGGAGAGGGCAGCAGGCCCGAUGUCCACCUAAGCAGAUACAUUCGCUGUUGGGGUGAACAGGGAGCAAAAGAGGAUAGUGUGCGUCUGUUUCUGACAUGUCUGUGUAAGUGAACUGCAUCCACUGAAACCUGAUCUACCAUGGAAUAUGAUUUUCACAGAAAGAGGACAGUAAAAUCGGUCUUACAAGCAAGCUGUUAUAAAGUGGCAGAUGCUGCAGAACUUGCUUUGCUGACAAGGCGUUUGUGCCAGGAAAUGGGACAGACAAACCUGCCUCUCCUUGAAGACAUCCCUUGGUGUCACAUUUUAACUCUGCGGCCAGCUGUCACUGUUGAAAGCAGGCUGAUCCCAUCAGUACAGACAUUAGAGGCUGAAAGGAUGUUUGAAUCCAAAAGAUUGAAUAAGAUUGACCUUGAAAACAAGACUACGCAGCAAACUGAGUCUGACCUGAAGGGCAAGAGAAUUGGUGCAAGAAGGCCCCUUCCACCUUUCUGAUGGCCUCAUUCUAGGCCGAGAUCUUUGAAGCCCUGGCUCCAGUCUCACUCAGGUCUCUUACUCAGUUAGACUCCCGUCAGUGCCAACAGUGCAAAUCGUGGUCUCACUUUGCGCCAUUGUAACAGAUCGUUGCCAGCAAAAAACGACCUUCAAAAAAAUUCUGCUGUGAGUAAGGACUUCAAGAAUUGGCCCGUUACUUCCAGGAAUCCUCGUGACUCAACACUUACCUGCCUAGCAAGGAUGAGCUGCCACAUACAGCUCAGUUUGUAAUACACAGGAAAGCUGGAUGUAGGCGAUGACUAGGUCAUGAAUAAAUUCUAUCCUUGUACCAGUCCCUUCACAACCAUCUUACAUUGUUUCUAUUAUAAAGCUCCCAGGAUGAAUAUCCUAAUGCAUCAUGAAUGGGUUAAGUUCAUGAUCGACAGAAAAGAUACAAGUUUAUUAAUCAAUAAUUUAAAAGGGAAUUAGGUACCUAAACACCUUCGGGGAUCUGGGCCUUUGUACUUUUAGGUAUUUUUUCCAAUUCUAGAAGAAACAAUGAAGAUAACAGCCACGUUGCCAGUAUUUUCUUGAGAUGUAAAAUGAAUUGUCCAUGUUUUUGUUUUUUAUUUUUGGUAACAA